GCAUGGAGGGUCCCAGGGACCCCGACACCGAGCGGAGGUAUGCCAAGCUCUUCCGGCAGCUGGACUCCAAUAUGGACGGACAUGUGGACAUCAGCGAGCUGAGGGCAGGGCUGGAGGCCCUGGGGGGGGAAGGGGAGGAGCCAGGGGCUGCUCAGGGGAUACUGCGGGCCGGAGACACGGACCAGGAUGGCCGCCUCGACUUCGAGGAGUUCACCCGAUACCUGGAGGAGCGGGAGAAACGUCUGCUCAUCAUGUUCAACAGCUUGGACCGCACCCUCUCAGGUCGCAUCGACGUGUCGGAGAUCCAGGAAUGUUUUCAGAGCCUCGGCGUCCAUAUCACCCUGGACCAGGCCCACAAAAUCCUGCUGAGCAUGGACCGUGACGGAACGCUGACCAUCGAUUGGCUGGAAUGGAGGGAUCAUUUCCUGUUGAGUCCGCUGCACAAUAUGGAAGACAUGGUCACUUAUUGGAAGCAUUCCUCCAUGUUGGAUAUAGGUGAGUCACUGGCAGUUCCGGAUGAGUUCUCUCAGAAGGAGAUCCGCUCUGGUAUGUGGUGGAAGCAGCUGCUGGCGGGAGCUGUAGCGGGAGCCGUGUCAAGGACAGGAACUGCUCCCCUGGACAGGUUAAAAGUCCUAAUGCAGGUACACGGAAAACAAUCUCAGGGGGGGCUCUCCAUGUUGAAGGGAGUGAAAGCCAUGAUUGAAGAGGGAGGAUUGCGCUCACUGUGGCGGGGGAACGGUAUCAAUGUACUGAAAAUAGCUCCAGAGUCUGCUAUCAAAUUCAUGGCGUAUGAACAAAUAAAGAAGGUCAUCCGUGGUCAGCACGAAACGCUGCGGGUCCAAGAGAGGUUCAUUGCGGGGUCGUUGGCCGGAGCCAUCGCACAGACCGUCAUAUAUCCAAUGGAGGUAUUGAAGACUCGGUUGGCUCUCCGGCACACUGGUCAGUUCUCUGGGAUGUCAGACUGCGCUCGGCAUAUCCUGCGCACCGAGGGGGUGAGAGCGUUCUCUAAGGGCUACCUUCCGAACCUGCUGGGUAUCGUGCCGUACGCAGGCAUUGACUUGGCAGUGUACGAGACUCUGAAGAACACGUGGUUACAGAGGUACCAAGCUGGCAGCAGCCCCAAUCCAGGAAUUCUGGUCCUGUUGGCUUGUGGGACCGUAUCCAGCACAUGUGGGCAGAUUGCCAGCUACCCGUUAGCCCUGGUCAGGACACGCAUGCAGGCACAAGCCACAAUCCAGGACGCCCCGCAGCUGUCCAUGGUAGCUCUGUUCCGUUACAUCGUGGCUCGGGAAGGGUUCCUGGGCCUGUACCGAGGAAUCGCUCCGAACUUCAUGAAAGUGAUACCCGCUGUCAGCAUUAGCUACGUGGUGUAUGAGAACAUGAAACGCCUGCUGGGGGUGACUAGCCGAUGAAGAGAGUGUCGCUCAUC